AUGUCUUCAAAUCAUCAGGAAGAAGAAACUAAUAUAGAUUUGGUUUUUAACAAUCGAAAUAGAUUAAUAGUAAAUGAUUAUUCAACACAAUCAAAUUUUUAUGUUGAACAAAAAUUUGACGAUGAUCAAAUAUAUAAUGAUGUUGGUGAAGUUUUUACUGACCUUCAAUCCUGUUCAAUUCCAGCUGAUACAGAUUCACAGUCUUCAGAAUACAAUUCAUCAGAUCUCGAUGAUGAUGAUGAUGACAAACAAUCAGUAAAUGUUUAUUUUUCACCAUUAACAACAGAGAAUACUAAUAAAUCAAAUGAAGAUUUUACUUUAUCAAAAAAUAAGAAUCAAGUUAAUGAUAAGACCGAUGAAAAAACAAUUACUAAUUCUCGUUUGAAUGAAUUGGAUCUUUCAGAAUCAUCCAAUGACAUAAUAAAUUUAAUUAAUAAAGAUUUAUCUAGAUUUGUUUUUAUAUCUGUUUCUAAACAUAUUAGCAAUUAUAUUCAAUGUCGUCUUAUACGUAAUAAAUCUAUUUUAUCUCAAACAUUUUAUUUAGAAGUCGAAUAUUCAGACAAUGGAGAAUCAAUUUGUCUACUAAUGGCUGAAAAACAAUUUAAAAUCAGUGGUCAAUCUCAUUAUAUAAUAUCAGUAAUUUCAAAAUAUCCCGACAAUUUCAAUUCAGCAGAAUUAAUUAGUGAUGAUUUAACUGGAACUAGAUAUGUGUUAAACCUUUUAAAUGAAGAUAAACGUCAACAAUUGGCUGUUAUUCUCUAUGAAACCAAUUUUCUUGGUACUAAAGGUCCAAGAAAGAUUGAAGUUCUCUUACCUAAAUUCAAUGAUCAAAUGCAAGAUUUCAUUGAAGCAAGCGAUUUUGAUGAAUAUGAUUCAAAAGAGCAAAGCAAUUGUUUUAUUCAUUUACACAAUAAACCACCAAAUUGGGAUUCAUAUAAAUCUUGUUAUACAUUAAAUUUUAGUGGAAAAGAUCGUGCUGUAAUACCAUCGAUUAAAAAUUUUCAAAUGAUACUCAAAAAUGAAGAAAAUGUGGAACAAAUCGUAAUGGAAUUCGGUCGAAUGCUCGACAAUGAAUUUUCUUGUGAUUUUCGAUAUCCUCUUUCACUUAUUCAAGCGUUUGCUAUCGCUCUUAGUGCUCUAGAAUCGCGAUGGUUUCGAGAAUGA